AUGAGAGCCGGAGGAGCAUCGGCAGAGGUGGCCCUGGUGGUAUUGGAGGUGGAGAUAGCUGUGGUGAUGCUUACCUGGGUGGUGUUGACAAAUGAAGUUGGUGAUAUCAAUGAACAUUUAGGCCAGAAGCAACCCCACUCCCACCUUCCUUCUCGUUACUCGGGCCUCAGUGUGCGGCUCUGUGGAGACUGUCAGGCAUCUCUACCCACCUCCAAGCCCCCACUGCUCUUCACUCACCCCCCAUCCCCGGAGGGCAUCCGUGCUGGAGGCCAGUGCCAGGGACACAGUCUCCUCCAGGAGAUCACGUCAGACACAGGCCGGCAGCGGGUGGCCCAGAUAAGUUCCUGUCCACCAGUGGGCACUGGAUGUUCCAGCCACCGCAGCUUUAGAGAUGACUCAGCCGCUGCCCAGACCUCCAGGCGCCCCUGUGUGGACCUCAGGGACUGUGCCCUCAGCUGCCUGACGCCCCCGGUGCUGGCUGCCUCCCUCAGCCAUCGGACCUCCAGAAGGAACGACUCCACGGCCAAGUGCGUCUCCGUUGGCUGCGUUCCCCCUUUCUCAUUCACACCUGGCCUUGCUCCAGGGAAGCUGACAUCCCCAUGGGACCUGGCAGAGGGUGUGCCCCGGGUGGACACGGUCCACUCUGAGAAGCCAGAGGAGGCAGGCAGGACCAGAAGGGUCCAGCAGAGAGGCUGGGGAGGUACCAUGCCGCCCUGGGUCUGGAAGUGA